GUUCCAGAAGCUAAUGACGACAUAUUUGUGAGACAGUCAGGAGGCGCGUAAACUAAACAGGGGCAUGACUUUGUAAAGCUUGUCCUAGAAUAUAUCCUUUUUGGAACUGAUGAACAGCAUCGCCUCCAGAAUGUCCCUGCUCCGAGCCCUCAAAUACAACACUUAUGUGUUUGGUAGAAAUUGCAUCGCGCGCUCUUUAUGCAGUCAGACUGAUGGAGAGACGCGCAUUUUACGAAUAUUAAACGAGAAGUUUCCUCACGCCUCCUCGCUAAAGGUUGUGGAUAUAUCAGGAGGUUGUGGCGCAAUGUAUGAGGUACACAUUGAGUCUGACGAGUUUAAAGGGAAGAGGACAGUUCAGCAACACCAGUUAGUAAAUCAGGCUCUUAAAGAUGAAAUUAAAGCCAUGCAUGGUCUACGCAUAUUCACUGAUGCUCCUAAAAAGUAGAGUCAGAGUCAUCGUCACAUUGUGUCUUUGUCACUGCUUUUAAACUAUACAGAUUUAUAGGCCAUGGAAUGUACUUUAUAUUUUAUGCAUUUAAGCUGUUAAUUUAAACUGUAUUAUGUGUCAAAGAAUGAAAAAUGUGUUUGCCUGAUGCUGUAACACGCACAAAAUUAAAGUAUAUGAUUAUAUUGUUCAUACCUGUAAAUAAAAAUGUGCAACAAAAAACA